AUCAGUUUCUCUUUCACCUUAGGCUGCACGUAGGCUUUUGUAAUGUCACGGCAUCGAUACUGUGGUUUUUAAGGUAAAUGUACAAAAACAUUUACCUGUUUUGACGCACUGUGGGAUGUAAAACAUCUUUACCUGAUGCUAACCAGCAUGUUUUGGACAUCUCCGUCACUUCUCUGUACGUUCUCAGAAACAGACACUGGAUGUUUACUCUCAACUGGAGUCUCUCACACACGAGCUUGUAGCACAGACGCUUUUGUGUGAUCUCUGUUUAUCUGUGCCUCGAAAUGGCAGAAGCCAGCAUUCCUGUGGAGCAGUUGACAUGUCCGGUGUGUCUGGAUCUAUUGAACGAUCCCGUGACUAUUCCCUGUGGACACAGUUACUGUAUGAGCUGUAUUACAGACUGCUGGGAUCGGACGAGAGUCUACAGCUGCCCUCACUGCAGAAGGGUCUUCACUCCCAGACCUGAUUUAGGUAAAAACAUCAUUCUGGCUGAAAUGAUAGAAAAACUGAAGCAGAUUCAGGUCCAGGCCGCUGAUCCCACUCAUUCUUAUGCUGGACUUGUAGAUGUGUGUGACAUGUGCAUCGGAAGAAAAGAUAAAGCUGUCAAGUCCUGUCUGAUGUGUUUGAAAUCUUACUGUCAUGCUCAUUUUGAACAUCAUAAAAUGGUUUACUCGGGUAAAGCACACGAGGUGAUUGAUGCCACUAGACUUCAGGAGAACAUCUGUCGUCAACAUAACAAACAGCUGGACGUCUUCUGUCGUACCGACCAGCAGCUUAUAUGUUCUCUUUGUACAAGAGAUGAGCAUAAAAAACACGAUACUGUACCGGCUGUAGCAGAGAGGACAGAGAAACAGAAACAGCUGGAAAUAUCACAGAGAAACUUCCAGAAUUACAUAAGAUUUAAAAAAGUGCAUCUUCAGCAACUAAGAGACAAUGUGAAGAGUCAUAAGUGGUCUGCACAGACAGAGAGUCUAGCUGAACGACGUGCGGCGCUACUGGAGAAAGAGAUUGAUGGUCUGAAGAGAAGAGAUGCUGAACUGAACAAGCUUUUGAGCACACAUGAUCACAUCCAAUUCCUGCAGGGAUUCCAGUCUUUCUCUGGUCCGGACAUACCUGUGGAAAUAUCUGACUUGACUUCACUCUUCUCCGUCGAGGAUGUGGGAAAACUGUUAAAAGUACUAGAAUUAAAGUCCAAGACAGUGCCACGACCCAGGCCAUCCUCAGUGGAGUUCCAGCCAAGUGUCUACACACCUGCAACAUCAAAGCCACAGGUCUGGCCCCCCACACCACCAAAGCCACGACCCAGGCCCUCCUCAAUAGCAUUAAAUACAGGAGCCUUAACAUUACCGAAAUCAUGGGCAAAGUCCACAACACCUUCAGAAUCACAGUCCCGGCCCAACAUAGAGUCAGUGUUCCACAGGAAUAGCUUCACAGCAUCAAAGCGAACAUUUGGGACUGUCACUGCUGACUCUGAGUCAAAGCGUAAAUCCAUCAUACUGCCACCAGAAUCAGAAUCAAGAACCUCCACAGCACCAGAGGCAAGUCCCAGGACCUCCACAGGACCAGAGUCACGGUUCAGGACCUCCACAGCACCAGACUCACAGCUCGGGACCUCCACAGUACCAAAGUUAGGGACUGUCACCUCUAGGACCAGUGUAACACCUAAGUCAAGUCGCAGGCCCAUGAUGCCACCAAAGCUGGAGCCCACAACCUACACAGUACCUGAGACACAGCUCAGGACCUCAACAGCCCCCGAGUCACAGCUCAGGACCUCAAUAGCACCAAAGUUUGGGACUGUCACCUCUAGGACCAGUAUAACACCUGAAUCAAGUCGCAGGCCCAUGAUGCCAGCUAAGCUGGAGCCCACAUACUCCACAGCACCAGAGUCACAGUACAACCAUGACUUAGUAAAGGAACUGAAGUCCAAGCUCAAUGCUAAAAAACAGUAUGUUCCCUGAGAUGUGCUGCAGCUUUGAUCUUUUUGCUUAGUGAGGGAACAUUUUAUAAUCAACUUCAUGGGUACCACUUAAUUUUUUAUUUAAGUUGCUACAUUUAUUACGUCUUAUACAAAAAAUAAAUAAGCAACAGCAGUAAAUUGUGAACUUGUUGAAGAUAUACACCCUAAAUUUUCCAUUUGUGGAUUCUUCUGUAAUAAAUGAUAAGUGAUUAUUUGGGCCCACAAAAAUGUCAAACAAAGGUAUUAAACUUAUUAACCCAUUAGAGCUAUUGAACUGUGGAAAUAUUCUUGAUGUUUUUUUGUUGAAGUGGAUUAGUUUUUUACAGUUCAAUGUGAAAAUCACAUUUGCAUUGAUUAAAACCGAGAGUAAAACUUUUUGCAUUAUUUGCAGAUUUGCAUUAUCAGGAUGAGAAAUUCUCUUCCCCUCACUACAGAGCAGAUGUUUUAUAUUUUAUCAAAUACAAUCAACACAA